AUGCUAGAGACUAUCGGAGGCGUUGACGCUACGGGCUACAAGAAGUGCAAAGACCUUGGGUCUUUUGAAGCCUCUGGGAAAGAGGUCUGGUUGAUAAGAGCACCCCGCGGGUUGGAUUUCAGCGAGGUCAAGUCGCUACCCGUAGAUUUCACCGGCGAAACCCACGCAACAUUUGACAACAAAGGCUUGAAGUUCGAGGUUCGUGAGGACUUGCACGAUACUGGUGCUGGUUUGUCGGUACUUGUGCCUGCCGAUAAGAAGACCUUGGUAAGUGGUGCAAAAGUUGACCGUUUAUUCACUAUCAGUGAGACAGUUGACAUCGCUCAAAAGGCCGAAGACGGAAAGCGUAAGCUCUCGGAACCAAAUGAUGAGGCGGAGGCACCAGUAGAACGUAAAAAACACAAGAAGGACAAGAAGGAAAGCAAAGACAAAAAAGAGAAGAAGGACAAGAAGGAUAAAAAGGAUAAAAAGCACAAGCAUAAAUGA